CUCAGUCAGAGUCAGCUCAGCCAGACUCAGUCUCCCAACAGCAUGCAUGGUGUGAGGACGGCACCUUCUUGCGCUUCGGCCCACUGUCGCUUAUCGGGUUGUAACGGACACGACAAUUGUUAGUUGUGAUAGAAUAGCAUUGUUUUUUUUUAUAUUUCUGGUUGAAGUGGUUAUGCAGGAGAAUAUUUACCACUAUUAAUCGUGAAGUUUAUGCUGCUAUCGGAAGUUGUGACGAUAUACAAAACUUUGUGUGAUGAGAGAGAUUAUCUGCACGUCGAUUUCACGAACUUCGAUGUUUAAACAAACUUCGUCGUCGGAUUACAAGUACACCCAUUAAAAGCUCCUCUUCCGUUUAAACACAGGAAUGUAAAACCCACUGGAGAGCCCCCAAGAGUGCCCAUAGUACCCUUACCAUGUUUUGGAAGACCUAAGUAGAAAAACAGAGCAAAUCCUUUAACAUCACGCCAACAGCAAGUUUAGUGGAAGCGUGUUUGGUGCCAAAGUGAAGCUCCCGCAAAGCCAACCAGACAAAUGCGAUUUUUUUGCUCCCUCUCGUGAAAGAGUUUAACAAGUUUAAAUAUCCUUUUAAUUUCUCUCUUGAGGACUCGACGCAGGAUUAGAACACCGAGCUCUCUAGAAUGUGUGGUGAAGUGAUAUGAUAGUGUCUCUGCCUACUGGUGCAGCCCUGGAUAAUUAUGUCCAGGUGGCGAUCAUGGCGACGUCGAGAUGGGGAGAGCCGGAGUGGGACCCAGGAGACUGCGAAUGCGGAGGGCCUCCCCCUCCCGAAUUCAUGGUGCCCCCGCCACCCAGGCCACCUCCGUUUUACCCUAUGAUUGAGGACGAGUUCUUCCAGGUCGUAGAAGACGAGUGCGACGACUCGCUGUCGUGCCCUGCCCUCUUGGGGGCACGGGACCAAAGGCCCCCGCCCUCAAAGGCGCACCUGGCUGUCGUCAUCGUGUCUGCGUCGACGCUCGUCAUUCUCAUAUUAGUGGCGGCUGUCAUCUUGUGCAGGAUACGAGGACGCGGACGGGCCGCCAAAGGAUGCACUGAGCUCAGCGGCGCAAUCAUCUAUGAUGACCUCCCCUCUGCGCCCUCCAUUGUGCCCUCCCGGACGAGGCCCCGCUUCAAGCCUGUGCCCAUGGACAGCGAGGAGGUCAUGGGCAUGACUAUGGGCGUCCAUCUCUAUACCCCCGAGCCCCGGAGUCAUCCGCCUUCGGAGCAUUUGUACCAAAGUAUCUCUUCAGGUAGCGAAACUUGUAGUUAUAGCACAAGCGAGGCGACAGGCCAAGAUGGAAGGGCCUUGUUGCGUCUCCAUCAUCAUCGCGGAGGUGGUGGUAUUGGAGGGAGUCUCGGAGGCGGAGGAGGGGGAGGAGGAGGAGGAGGUGGAGGAGGAGGAGGAGGGGGAAUGGGAAGGUGUUCCCCUUCCCUGGUCGACACAGACAGCGAGGACGAGCACUUGGCCUCCCAGGGGAUUCUGAUGGGCGUCAGCGACAACGACACCCCGAGUACGUCUCCCGCUCGAUCGAGGUACUACUGCUCGAGCGCCCCUCCCCCUCAAACGUCCUCCUCCCCGAGGAGCUCCGAUUACGAGAGCGUCUAUUACGUGGGCGGAAUCCGUCGGGGGAGGCCCCCGACGCCCCAGGAGAGGGGGCUUCCGCCAUUACCUUCCCGCACCGACAGGUUCCGAAUGUACUUCUCGGUGGAGAGAGGCCAGCAGUAUCACAUGGCGCCGCUCACCAGGGAAGGCAGCAACCACCGAAGACACACCGGCCACCGACCGCGCCUUCCUCCGGAGGCGGAGCCCCUUUACGAGAACUUGACGUAGUUGUGCUUUCACACAAAACACACCCACACACAAACACCCACACCCACACACAAACACGAACCACAUCUCGCACACAUCAAUGCCUGUCUGCACCUUGCAAUUUCUGUGUCACUCGUGUUGAAAAGUAAAAAAAUAAAAAAAAGCAUGACGAAUAUUUUUCCUUUGCUUUCGCUAUUCGGAGAAUAAUGCGACUGAAAAAAUAAAGUACUGUCGCUUGAAAAAUGUUUAUACGAAGAGAUUUACCGGAAGGAAAGACAUCACACCACCAGCAGGUAAUGAUCUCAGGUUCAGAACAGGAGAUAACGAAGGUAGAAACUCUCGUGGAAUUUACCAAUUUUGAUGCGACGUGAUUUGAAAGUGAAAGUGUGGAAAGUAAUUCGUAGUGAAAGCAGAAAAAAGAAAACUUUCUGAGGACCAAAAUUUGUGCAAAGAGACACGUUUUGUAAUCGUUUGAACUCUCAAGUUAAGAGGCAAAGCAUAAACAGGUUUGAAAAGAGAACAUAAUUAUGUGUCAGGAAGAAAAAUGAUAUUUGAAAUGGUGAUUGAUAAAAGUGUGAACAGAAUAAAGUUUCCAAGGAAUGAAUAAGUGCGGUGAAAAAAAACAUUAUUGCACAGUAAUGGGUAAUUAUUCGAAACAUCCACAUUGAACGAAAUAAGUGUGACAAAAAAUGGCCUGCAGAUAUGACAGUAAAAUAAUCGCCCUAAGUUUCAAAAAUAAAUUUACUCGUGUGCGAAUCACUAGAGAAAACAUUGGACUUGGUUUUCUAUGAUUUUGCGGCUACAUUAACAAAAGUUAUUAUUUUGAACUCAUUAAAAAUGGUUCAUUUCCUCUUGGAUCGCUUGUUUUAAAGUAAUUCAACUUCGGUUAUUAUGCAUAUGUAUAUAACCAAGUAUAGUUUAUGAAAAAAACAGUGGAACUUUAUUCACUCGAGCAGGAAAACCAAAUUUCCUGAUCUUUGGACAGACUGACAGUUUGGGAUCCCAAAAUGAAAAGUUAAAAAAAGAAGAAAAAAAGUGAUGAUGAUGAUUGCACACGAACAUUUGGAAAGAGUCAUGCGAGCAAGCAACCAAGCAAGGGAAAUGGAAAAACUGGAAUAAAGGUAAAAAAAAAAAAAAAA